GACCAAUCAAAUAGCUUGAAGCAUCCACGUGUCGCGCAGGAGAAUCAGUAAAUAAGAAACAGUGGAAUCCAAUCCAAGUCAAACACACAGCCUAACAAACAAAACUGAGAAAGGAGAAAAGAAGUCCACAGACCCCGGCAAAGAGAAGAGCUGAGAGAGUAAGAAAUUCCUCCCCUCUCUCUCUCUCUUUCAACCACACAAUCUUGAAUCUCCAAUGGCGGCGACGAUGUACCCGGCGGCAGCUACGGCCGCUUCUUCCACCACUUCCUUCCUACUCCCUGCCAUCCCCGCCGUUAGAACCGUCCGCUGCUCUCGCUUACCUCUCCUUCCACCUCGCUCCUCCUCCUCCCGCUUCUCGCCUGCUUCGCUCAAAGCGCUCUCAGGUACGCUUUUGUUUCACUGUUACGCCGCCCAAUCGCGCCACUGUUUUCACUUUCCUACUCGCCCUAGUUUCAGACAGGCGUUGGGAAUUCUGUUUCCUGGAAAAUCCCGGGAAAAAUGUUAUCUGGUUUCCACCUUGUGUUGUUGUGUGUCUUCCAUUCUUUAGGAUUGAGAGCAAUUUGCAUUUGCUCUUUCGGCGCUACCGAAUGUUAGGGCGGGUGAAUCAAGCUCUUGUUUCAGCCAUUGAUUUUGCCUUUUUAUUUGCCAGGAUAAGGCAGCUGUUGUGAGUUAUAUUGGGUUUGUUAGAAUGUCGAUUAGAAAACCUGGAUGUUGGUAGUUGAUAUAGAAGGAGGCAUAUGCUAAAUUGAAGUAGUAUUAUGCCAUUUCAUUCACCUAUGAAUAUGUGUACAUGCUUAUUGUUUCAUCUUCAUCCGAAGCAGAAUCCUCGCGGGUUUCCCUGCUCCAGACCAGAGCCACCUCUUCAGAUGAGAGCUCGGUCGAUACUAGUGAGAUCUUCACCGAUCUCAAGGAGAAGUGGGAUGCAGUGGAGAACAAGUCCACCGUGCUUGUCUAUGGAGGUGGGGCAAUAGUCGCUGUUUGGCUAUCAUCCAUUCUCGUAGGUGCCAUCAAUUCGGUGCCUUUGGUAAGUCGGAGUUUUCGAUGGUUUGCUAUAAUAGUGUGGAUGACAAUGGUUGUUUACAUAAGUAAUUGGCUCUUCUCCGUUUUUGUUCUGCAAACUUGCAGCUCCCUAAGAUCAUGGAGUUGGUCGGGCUUGGCUACACCGGCUGGUUUGUCUACAGAUACCUCCUGUUCAAGCAAAGCAGGAAAGAACUGGCUACAGAUAUUGAGACAUUGAAGAAGAAGAUUGCUGGGACGGAAUGAGAUAGAGAAGUAUCUUUCAAUUCUCGAUUAUGUUUGCAUCGUGAGGAAUCACAUCCGUCGUGUCAUGUAUGUAGUAGUAACAUGUGUAGAGUAGAGGUUGCCCUAUGACUGGAAUUCAUGUGACCUAAGUGCUACCCCCAUUGUUCUGUUUUGCUUUUCGUGAUUUGUAAUAAAAAAGAGUGCAGAUUUCUUCAAGGCUUGAAAGUAGAAGAAUAAAUCGUCCAAGCAAAACAGUAACAAUGAUGUAUCAUAACAGAUAAACUAGUACUUCACAG